AUUUGGUGAUGAAGCAUGAGUUCCUCGCCCUAUUUAUCUAGGAGUAGUAGUGUAGCCAUGGCAUUGGUCUCAUCAUGGGGAAAAUGGCACAUGGUGAUGCUACACUCUCGCUCUCUCUCCUCUUCCUAUUCUCACUCAGCGUCGCCAGAAGCGUCAGAUCCGAUGAGCCGGAUUGCGUGUACACGGCGUAUGUUAGAACCGGUUCGGUGCUGAAGGGAGGAACGGACUCGAAGAUCGGAGUGAAGCUGUACGACAAGUACGGAUACUUCAUCUACAUUAAAAACCUCGAAACGUGGGGCGGUUUGAUGGGUUCGGGUUACAACUACUUCGAGCGCGGCAACCUCGACAUCUUCAGCGGAAGAGGACCCUGUCUUGACGGACCCGUUUGCGCCGUUAACGUCACUUCCGACGGCUCCGGUUCGCAUCACGGCUGGUACCUUAACUACAUCGAGGUUACGUCCACUGGGCCCCACUACUCCUGCGCUCAGGAUAAUUUCGAGCUUGAGCAGUGGCUCGCUCUCGACACCUCCCCCUACCAGCUUUGGGCCAUCAGUAACCACUGCAGCUACCGCUUGGAUCAGGCCCGGCCCAUCUCCGAUAGGGCCGGAUCCAGAUCUGCCUUCUCUAUUUUGGAUGCCCGCGCGUGAGUGUGAGUGUGACCAAAGGAAAGGGGUUCCAACUUCCAAUCGUUGCUUCCUUUGGUUGUCGUGCUCAUUCGCCCUUGUCACCCCUUUUUGUCUUUGUAAUCUUCAAUAAUAAUCGCCACUAUCUCUAUCCAUUUCUGGAUACAUGUAAGAGUACUCCACUGCUAUGCUUAAUGCUAUUGCUACUAUUUACUUACUCAACUACAUCUUUUUCUCAA